AUGGACCACAAUGGAAGCUCUUCUGAGGAUGAAAAGCUUCACGGAGAGAAUAUCGACCUCAAUCGCGCCGCGAAUGAGACACGAUCCAUCAUUGUUGAACUCUCCUUGGAAGGUUCUGUUCGCUGGAUAUCUCCAUCUUGGCAAGACCUCAUCGGGACUGAUCCACAGUCGCUAUACGAUCGGCCCAUCAGCGAGACUUUAGCAGACGAGGACAAAACGUGCUUCUCACGAGCCACCGCGCAAUUGAUCGAGGACGACUCGCGAUCUGUUCGUAUCACAUUCUGGCUCGCGCUGCCAGCAGACUCGGUUGACCACCGGAUACCGCGGCUCGAGUCUGAUGACUUUACAAUCAGUCUGUCAGCCCCAUUGCCAGAGGCGCUUGAGGUGGAUGCAACUGGUAUACUGAUUCACGAUCGCUCUUCGGGGCAGCCCACUCACACCAUGUGGGUGCUCAAUGUUGUGCAAGACAACAAGGCUUGGCUGGAUGCCAAUCUCGACUCCGAACUGGCAGAGGCUCUUGCAGGCGGCGCAGAGUUUCUUUCCACGUUCCUUUCAAACUUGAUUGAAGACCCAGGAACACCCAUGCCAGACCCCUUGACGUGCAAUAUUUGCGAUCGGCAGAUACAGCCUUGGUUCUUUGAAAAGCAUACGGCGCUCUGCAUCGUUUCCCACAAGUCAGAGUCGGAAGUGCAGGAUUGCCAUGAUCAUCUGCAGGAGCAACGGCAGAUCAUCGCCGAUGUUUUGCGCCAGCUCGAAACAGAUGCAAGUCUAGCGACUUUUCACGGCAUUCACUUUGGCUCCCGAUCGCUUUCUCCUGCCGAGUCUCAAUCGAGUAGCCCAUCGGCUCCAGGCAAAUCAAAGCCGACCAAGGCCAAGACAUCCCACCUGCGCACCGUUGAGCUCAUUCUCGAUUAUUGCGAUCUCGCUAUUGAUAUCAAUACGCCUGCUCUGCCUGAUGCGGAGGGUACAGACGUCUUUACGCGCAUCCAGUCUCCAGAUUCAAGAAAUCGCAUCACACAAGUGCAAGACUGGCAGACUCCCUCACUCGAAGACCCCGCGUUGCUCGCGCUCUAUCAAGCGACGCAUGAGCUCGUUUCACAAAAGCUCAACGCAGUCACGCGUCUGCAUAAUACUAUUCAUUACUCAGAAAAGAUUCGCCAAGAGAUCGAUUUGCGGGUACAGGAUCUGAUUGACCAGACAUUGGAGAAUGCUCAACUCAUGAUGGACGAAGAUUCGCUGAGCGAAGUCACUGAGCACGAACCGGAAGACUCACCGUUCGGGCCGCCUAUACAAAAACCAAGCGAAGAUGUACCUGGUCUUGGCAAAGCCCUGGCUUCAAUGAAGCUUGGCUCACCUGUUUUGUUUGCAAGGGAGAUACCACCUCAAUUGCGUCCAGAAGGCAGCUCAGGCUCAGCAAGUCCGUUCGCUAGUCUAGGCAGCGGCUUCCUUUCGCCAACGAAACGAGCCAUGUCGAUCGCUGAUGGCCCUCUGGAUGGCGAUGUGCGUGCUUCUAGCCCGCUUUCACAGUUCCCACCAGUCAGCGUGAAUGAUCCUGCUACACGGCGACUGCCACCGCGUGUGCCGAUGCAACGCUCUAUUUCUGCGCAGAGCGACAAUGAGCAAGCUAUCUUGUCAAGUGGCGACCAAACGCGCCGUGGCAGUGUCGACGCUUCAGACCUUGUCCGUCGUGCCAGUCGAUCUGAAAGGCGGCAGAGUCGACCUGGUAUCUACGAAGUGCCUCGCUUGCCGAGUGGUGGCAGUAGUAGUGGCAAAGCACCUGCUGGCUAUUCUCCCUCUCGUCGCUCUUCACGUGCUGUCAGUCGAAGUCGUGCAUCGAGCCUUGCAAGAGACAGAGACCGUGGCACAUCACCUGGUCGUAAAAUGGUCAAUCCUCGCUUGAAUCUUCUUGAGAAGGAGAGACUGAGUCCGAAUGCUUCUCCAACACUGAGUGCAAGCGAUUCGACAUCAACAGAUACGAAUUACCGAGAGCGCAAGAUGAGCAUGGCGCCUCCUUUGUCGCCGCGAUUACCGAGUAUUGCUCCUGCUGCACGACCAGCCCCGCCGAGUAUCAAGGACUUUGAAAUUAUUAAGCCUAUUUCGAAAGGUGCUUUUGGCAGUGUUUACUUGAGUAAGAAGAAGACUACCGGCGAUUAUUAUGCCAUCAAGGUGCUCAAGAAGGCCGAUAUGAUUGCUAAAAAUCAAGUCACCAAUAUCAAAGCUGAGCGAGCCAUCAUGAUGGCUCAAACCGAAUCACCUUUCAUCGCAAAGCUCUUCUUCACAUUCCAAAGUAAAGAGUAUCUCUAUCUCGUCAUGGAGUAUUUAAACGGCGGUGAUUGUGCAGCACUCAUCAAGCAAAUUGGUUGUUUGCCUGAAGACUGGACUCGUCGAUACAUGGCGGAAGUGGUGCUUGGCCUGGAAUACCUCCACUCGCGCGGAAUCAUCCAUCGUGAUUUGAAGCCAGACAACCUACUGAUCAGCCACAAUGGUCAUCUCAAGUUGACUGACUUCGGCUUGUCUCGUGUCGGUCUCGUUGGUCGUCAGAAUCGUGCUCGAACCUCCUCCCACCCCGAAGUGCCUGAUCUCUUCAAUACGUCUCGUCAUCCAUCUGGUUCAGGAGGUCCGCGCCAUGCCUCUUUCGAGUUCACAAAUUCCGCAUUGUCUACACCGGCAAUUGGACCCAUGUCACCAAGCGAGUUCCGCUCAGACAAGAGCUAUUUCAACUUGCGGGACCGCAAAGCUAGUCAGGGUGAAUCUUGCGAAUUAGUUCGCACAGAGCCCGACACUGCUUUCCCUGCUGUCAGUAAGCUGAAUCUUAACGAUGCAGGUUACCAAGGCUCAGACGAUGGACGCAGCACGGGCGACGCAAGCGAAUCUAGUGGCCCAAGCAAAGCCUCGCCUACGACGCACGCGCCAAGUGCCAUGUUGAUGCCACCGCCAGCAAUGAAGCUCUUUGACCCCAACGAUGGCAACAAGAAAUUCGUUGGCACGCCAGACUAUCUUGCACCAGAAACAAUCAACGGCAGUGGCCAAGAUGAUAUGGUCGAUUGGUGGUCACUUGGCGUUGUCUUGUUUGAGUUUAUGUACGGCUAUCCACCUUUCCAUGCUGGGUCACCAGGGGAGGUAUUCGAGAACAUUCUCAAUCAUCGCAUCGAGUGGCCGCCAGCAGAGGCUGAAGCGGAAUUAGGCGUGUCUGCCGAGGCGAAAGACUUGAUGAUCAAGCUGAUGGCUAUGGCACCAAGCGAUCGUCUUGGUUCCGUGAAUGGUGCUGAGGAUAUCAAGCAACACCCAUUCUUCAACGGCAUCUCGUGGAAUACCAUUUCAGAAGAGGAAGCACUGUUUGUACCGACGCCCGACCACCCAGAGGAUACAGAGUAUUUCGACCAACGUGGUGCAACGGAUCUCAUCUUUGAUGACGAUUCUGACGCCACGAGGUCUCUGGCGCACUCUCCGAAUGCCUCUGAUCGUGAGACCAAUGUCCCAAAGAUGACCUAUGCUGCAAAGCUCAUGUCUAGCGGAAAGCACCUUGGCAAACGAACAGCUAUGCCGCUCUCUAUACCUGCACAUGUCCGUGAACGCAAGUCGCGCAACCGCCGUCUAAGCGAACCUGGCCGCGACGACUUUGGAUCCUUCACAUUCAAGAAUCUUGGUGUUCUUGAGAAGCAAAACAUGGAUGCCAUCAAGAGACUUCGCUCAGAACACUCCAGUUCAAGUCCCAUUUCCGUUCCAGCAGAAAUGCCACACCACCAUCGUUCGGCCUCGUCUAGUUCGAGCUUUGUGCGACGCUCCAUGUCGUCCGCUUCGAGCAUAUCGUCCAGCACACCCAUCUCACCCUCUGCAUACCUGAACCGCAUGUCUAUCCCAAGUUCUCCACUCAAUGCACAGAGUGGUACAUUCACUGCUGGGCAUCGUCAUCGUGCUUCUGUUUCAACCGCCACCUUGCAUGAGAAUUUUGUGUCUUCGUUGGAUCAAGCACGCCCUGGCUCAAGCGGCACGAGUGGCCGGCAGCCGACUCCUAUCAGAACCAAGCUCACAUCCAAGUCACUGCCACUCGAUACUCUUCCGUCUCCGAAGCUUGUCAAAUCAGCGACGCUGCCAAGUCCGCGCAAUCGUGCCUUUACUAUGGGUAGUCAGAUGCAGCGGCCUGAGCUGCCAUUUGCUUGGAACUCUUCAAAGCGCAUUUCUCGUGUUUUUGAUGCAGAAACGCCGAGUUCCUCCAGUGAUGGCGAAACGCCUUCGAACGCUGCGAGUGCGCUGCAUAGAGUACACCGACGACGACAACGCAGUCAACGCCUGGCUUCCAUGUCUUUCCCUGCAACUUCGGAAUCUGCAAGUACCUUGAAUGAAGAGCACACUGGCGGCUCGACCCCUGAGAUCUACCAGCGUCGGCACGUUCCGCUCGAUGUUCUCAUAUGUGAAGACAAUCCAGUUUCGCGUCGGGUCUUGGAGGCUAUGCUCAUUAAGCUCAAGUGCCGCGUGGUCAGCGUCGAGGAUGGUGCGAAAGCUGUUGCCGCAGCCACAGGCGAUGUCGUCUUUGACAUCAUCUUCACCGAUAUCAAAGUUCCUCGGCUGUCAGGUACGGAAGUGGCGAGACUGAUUCGCAGCUCAUCUGAAAUCAACCGGGACACUCCCAUUGUGGCAAUGACUUCGUAUUCUACGAGCGAGGUGCUGGAUAUGGUACACUUUGAGAAGCGCCUGGAGAAGCCUUUGACUGUCACAAUCCUCUCUGAGACAAUCCAGGAACUCGUACCAGAGUGGGCACCUCCAGUCAUGAACAAGCGUCCCGUCUCGACGGACCUUUCCUUCUCAAAAGUCAAGCAGUGA